AUGUCAGAGCGUCUGGAAGCACAAUUGAAAUUGUCAAGAAGGAAAGCAGCUUGGGCUAUCAUUGGCAUCGGUGCCGGAGUGACCGCGAGAUCACGAGGCGAGGUGUGCUGCACCGUCAGAUCGCUAAAGCUCGCCGACUUCACUAUGGAUGUUGCGGCGUUGAUCGUGCCAGACAUCACACGGUAUCUUCCGCCGAGGAAAGUUCCACUUAACUGCUGGCCGCAUCUCGCCGACCUCGAACUGGCCGAUCCGCAAUAUCACAUACCUGCAAAGGUGGAUUGUGUGUUGGGCGCUGAUGUCUAUCCAUUAUUAAUCCAGGAGGGACUGGUGAAAGGAACAAUAGGAGAUCCAGUUGCACAAAAUACGGCAUUUGGCUGGAUCAUCACCGGGCCGAUCCUGCCAGACCUCAAAUUUCACGAUAUGGACAAAAUACAGGUGUUUCAUACCAUUGUCGAGCCGUCAAUCACAUCCAUGGUGGCCAAGCUGUGGGAGCUCGACGACGUGCAGGAAAAGCAGCACCUUACGGAGGAAGAAAGGCGCUGCGAGGAAUUGUUUGUUCAAAGCCAUUACCGGAACGAGGACGGCAGAUUUGUUGUGCGACUUCCAUUUGCAAAGCGAAUCAAUUUGGGAGAAUCUCGCGGUGCGGCGCACGCGUGCUUAUUGCGCACAGAGAGACGCUUUUCCCUCAACAGGCCGCUAUUCGACGCUUACUCGACAUUCAUGAGAGAAUACGUCGAACUGGAUCACAUGCAGUUGGUACCAGACGGUCAGCGGUCUCGACCGGCCUUUUACAUGCCUCAUCACGCAGUGUUCCGUGAAGACAAGCCUGGAAAAAUUCGAGUUGUUUUCAAUACCUCGCGAAAAACAACGAACGGACUGUCUCUCAAUGACGUCCUGCUUCCGGGGCCGAAGCUUCAGGCGGACAUAACGGUGGUACUCACGAACUGGCGUUUUUUCGGAACUGCAGGUACCACAGACGUCGAGAAGAUGUUUCGGCAAAUUCGGGUGCACGACGACGACGUGGACUUUCAGAGGGUGCUGUGGCGUCUCGAACCAUCGUCGCCUAUACAGGAUUUUCGAUGCACCACGGUGACUUAUGGCACAGCGUCGGCUCCGUUUUUAGCUCUGCGCGUUAUGCGACAGCUGGCCGAGGAUGGACGAGACACACAUCCCGAGGCGGCCGAGGCGUUGCAUCAUCAACUUUACGUGGACGACGUGUUUUUUGGAGCAGAUUCUUUGGAGCAAGCUCUGGUGCGGAGAGAUGAGAUUAUCGAUCUGCUUGCGUCGGCGGGAAUGAGGCUCGGCAAGUGGGCUGCAUCUGACCCGAAGCUCAUCGACGGCCUCGUAUCGACGUCGGAGGAUGUGGUGCCCUUGAACGUCGAUGAAAUAGUGUCUACACUGGGGCUCAAAUGUUUGCCUGGACAAGACAGCUUCACAUUUCAAUUUGCGGCUCGCCCCACGCAGGUCGAGAUCACGAAGCGAUCAAUUUUGGCGGAGAUCGCAAGGACAUUUGAUCCUCUAGGCUGGCUGUCCCCGGUGCUGGUGUCGGCCAAGGUUUUGUUGCAGGAUCUGUGCCUGGACGGCAUCGACUGGGACGCCCCGAUCUCUGCAACUUUGGAGCAGCGAUGGACGGACUUUACCGCUGCUCUGCCCGAGGUCUCCUGCAUCCGAGUCAAGAGAUGGUUAAACACGCGCGAGGGAGAGGAUUGGCACUUGCAUGGCUUUGCGGACGCUUCCAAGCGAGCCUAUGCUGCAGCGAUUUACGUCGUCUUGCCCGGAAGAGCAUCGCAUUUAAUCGUAGCCAAGACGAAGCUCGCCCCGACAAAGGUCCAGACGGUGCCCAGACUGGAACUGUGUGCCGCGGUCUUGUUGGCUCGUCUUGCAAG